GCACUUUCAAUAUCAUUCAAUGCAUUCCAACACAAACACUACAAUCUCUCUCUCUCUCUUUCUCUCUGUGCUUCGAUUUCUCACCUGAAGCACCGUAUUAAACGGUAACAUUUCCACCGUCACUAUCCCAGUAACCCACUCAUCUUCUCCAAGCUUCCACUCAUAACCACAGAUCAAACCCAACCAGUUUCUCCAACAAUGCCCAGAAGAAAAAGCUUCGUUAUUCCGGCGUGCCUUCUUCUCCUCUUUCUUCUGACCCUCUCGCCGUUUUGUGGGGCCUCCGGCAGCGGCGGCGGCGUUCCGCGGCAGGAGCUGUGGUGCGUGGCGAAGAACAACGCGGAGGACUCGGCUCUGCUGACGGCGCUGGAUUGGGCCUGCGGCGCCGGCGGAGCUGAUUGCGGCCCAAUCCAGCAAGGUGGGGCCUGCUACGACACCAGCAGUGUGCAGAAUACGGCGUCGUAUGCUUUCAAUGACUAUUUCCUCAAGCAUGGCAUGGCCGAUGAUAGCUGCAAUUUCAACAACAAUGCUGCUGUCACUUCCUUGAACCCUAGUUUUGGUAAUUGCAAGUUCCCAUCCGGCUUGACAGCAAGUAAUGGAAGUUUUACUGGAUCAACAUCAUCAAAUGUUGGAUUGGGACCAAGUGAAGAUAUGAAUGGAUGCAUGAAAGUUUCUCAGGGCUGGUGGUUUUGGAUUCUGGGUAUCAGUCAUCUGUUGCUCGUUGUUUCAGUUUCUGGAUAACAGGAAGUGUAAAUAGCCCUUGAUUUGUUGAGGAAAUUGAAAAAAGGAAAAAAGUUCCUUGUUCACAUCAUACAGGUUAGACAAUUUUGGAAUGCUGCUACUAAUCUGGAUCAGAAUCUUUUAAAAUUAUAGCUUCGCUAGCAUGUUCAAAGUUGUAGUACCCUUUUAAAGGGGUUUUAGCUUCUUUAAAUUUUAGUGAACACUUAAAGAUUUUGUUGAAAGCUUAUCUUGUGUGUUCUGCUUCAGUACUUCUUGAAUGAGAGGAAUCUCAUUCUUAUGCAAAUUCUUUAUGAGCCUCCAUUACACGCUAAAUCAAUGUGUCUCAUAGAAUUCCUACA